AUGCGCAAGUCUCGCAUGUGUCCGCAGAAGUCGAAAGUGAGUAAUAGGGAAAGCGCCCAGCUCCCAUUCCCCGCUGCGUCGCACUCCAUCUACCCCCCGUUUCGCCAUCCCUUUCAUCCUCGGUACGCACUCCCUUUUCCCCUCGUUUCACGCUCCCAUUCCCCCUCGGAACGCGCUCCCGUCACCCCCCACGUGGACCACUCCUAUUGUUUCGGGUGUCGCGCUCCUUUUCCGCCUCGUUUAGCCCACCAAUUCCCCCUCGUGACGCACUCCCUUCCCCCCUCGUUUCGCACUCUCUUUCCCCCUCGUUUUGCACCCCAUUUCCCUUUCGUACCGCGCUCCCUUUCCCCCUCGUUUCGAACUCCGUGUCCCCCUCGUUCCGCACUCCUUUCCCCAUCGUGUCGCUCUCCCUUUCCCCCUCGUUUGUCACUCCUUUCCCCCACGGUGGCACUCCCUUUCCCCCUCGUUUCGCCCUCCGGUUCCCCCUCGUUUCGCCCUCCCUGUCCCCCUCUUGUCACACUCCCUUUCCCCCCCGUUUCGCCCUCCCUUUCCCCCUCGUUUCGCACUCCCUGUCCCCCUCGUGUCACACUCUCUCUCCCCCUCGUUUCUCUCUCCCUUUCCCCCACGGUGGCACUCCCUUUCCCCUUUGAUAGCACUCCCUUUCCACAUCGUUUUGAACUCUCUUUCCCCCACGUUUCGCACCCCAUUUCCCCCACGGUGGCACUCCCUUUCCCCCUUGAUAUCGCUACCAUUCCCCCUCGUUUCGCCCUCUCUUUCCCCUUCGUUUCGCACUCCCUCUCCCCCUCUUGUCACACUCCCAUUUCCCCUCCACUCCCUUUCACCCUCUUUCCGCACCCCAUUUCCCCCCUCGUGCCGCGCUCCCUUUCCUCCUCGUUUCGCACUCCAUGGCCCCCUCGUUUUGCACUCCCUUUACCCCUCGGUUCGCCCUCCGAUUCCCUCUCGUUUCGCACUCCCUUUCCCCCUUCUGUCACCGGCCCUUGCCCCCUCCUUUCACACACCCUUUCCCCCUCCUGUCCCACUCCCUUUCCCCCUCGUUUCUCACUCCCUUUCCCCCACGGCGUCACCCCCUUUCCCCCUCGAUAUCGUUCUCUUUCCCCCUCGUUUCGCACCCCAUUUCCCCCUCCUACUGCGCUCCCUUUCCCCCCUCGUUUCGCAAUCCUUUUCCCUGUCGAUUCGCACUCCUUUACCCCCUUCCCCUGCCCCCAUGUGUAUCAUUCAUUCCCUGUCCCCCACGGUUCCAUACCCCUGCCCUCAUCCGUAUCAUUCAUUCUCCUCACCCCACGGUUCCAUUCCCCUGCCCCAUGUGGGGAAAGAGAGAGAGCAGCGGGAAGCGCAAUGCGUGAAGGGGAGUUGCUGGAUGCUGGGGAAGGGAAGGUGGGCGGGCUGACAACAGGGAAUGUGCGCGCGUGGGGAAGGGAAUGUGCGCGCGUGGGGAAGGGAAUGUGCGCGCGUGGGGAAGGGAAUGUGCGCGCGUGGGGAAGGGAAUGUGCGCGCGUGGGGAAGGGGAUGUGCGCGCGUGGGGAAGGGGAUGUGCGCGCGUGGGGAGGGGGAUGUGCACGCUUCGGGGGGAAGGGGAUGUGCGCGCGCUGGGGAAGGGGAUUUGCUCGCGGUGGGAAGGGAAUGUGCGGGCUCUGGGGAAGGGAAUGUUUGCGCGCGGGCGGAGUGCAGUUGCGCGCGCUAGUGAAGGGAACGUGCGCGCGAUGGGGAAGGGAACGUGAGCGCGCUGGAGAAGGCAACGUGCGCGCGCAGGAGGGGGGCAUGUGCGGGCGCUUGGGAGGAGAGUGUUUGGGCGAUUGUGAUGGGAUUGUGCGCGCGAUUGAGAAGGGAAUAGCUGGGCCCUGCGGACUCCAAUGUCCUGGCGCUGCGGAAAGGAAUAUCCGGGCGCUGCGGAACGGAUUGACUGGGCGCCGCGGAAAGGAAUGUCUGGGCGCACUGUGUGGGCAUGUCUGGGCGUUGGAGAAGGAAGUAUGA